AUGCACCUACAUCAAGAGACUGAAUGUUCCAGUUUAAAUCUAUGCAGGUUAAACUCUGUUUUCAUUCUUUGGAUCUCCAUGAUGUUCGUGUGCUCGAGUUACCCAGUUGUCUCUUCCAUGAGCAGCAAUCCCUUCUAUUUGAAUUGCCAGCUCUACGAGAAACCUGAUUACUGCAUGGUCCUGCUGAAUAACUGCUUGGCCAAGGUGGGCAGGAGCGAAGAAGUGGCUGUAUUAAAGCCCUACCUGGAGAUGCCAUUCAAUAAAAGGUCCUUUCGCAACGGGGUUGGAUCAGGAAUGAAAAAAACUUCCUCUCGAAGAGCAAAGUCAUAAA